CUCACUCGUCUCACCAUGCAGAACUGCCUUUCUCCUGCCAUGUCGCUGUUGACCCCAAUUGGGUAUCAAUCCGGUGACUGUGGCUAUUGCCGCAAAUCAGAAAACAGUGGGCGCACCCCAGACUCUCGUGCCUCGUACUACAUGAGGACCAAGACUCUUAGUCCAGAACAUUACCAGGAGCUGAUGGAUCGCGGAUGGAGGCGCUCCGGCAGCUUGUUGUAUCUUCCAGACGCUGCUAGGUCCUGUUGCACGCACUACACGAUCCGACUACCGGCGGCGGAGUUCAAGCCGACCAAAGACCAGCGUCAAGCAUUAAAUCGAUGGAAUCAUUUCGUGCUGGGCGACGAAUACACCAAAGCAGCAGCGCUGAAAUACCCCAGAACUCGGGAGGAGAAGAAACGCUUGAAGAGUGAGUUCGAUUUAACGCUAGCGGUACACCAGAGCGAGUCGAGUCAGCUGAAGCCGGACAUUCAGCCGCAACACCGAUUCGAAGUGCAGCUCGAACCCGACUGUUUCUCGGAGGAGAAAUUCUCAUUAUUCGACAACUAUCAGCGAAACGUGCAUGGAGAAGGCGACGAUGACAUUAGCAAAUCUGGCUUCCGUCGCUUCCUUUGCGGUUCUCCUCUCAAGCGUCGCACUGAGAAAGACGGCAAGCAGCUUGGCAGCUUUCAUCAAUGCUAUCGUCUUGAUGGUCGCCUCAUAGCAAUGGCUGUGCUAGAUCUUCUCCCCCACGCUGUUAGCGGUGUUUACUUCUUGUACCAUCAAGACUUCGAAUCAUACGCUUUUGGCAAGAUAUCGGCUCUUAGAGAAGCGGCACUUGCACGUGAGCAGGGUUACCAGUACUACUACAUGGGCUACUACAUACACACCUGCAAAAAGAUGCGAUAUAAAGCCGAUUACAAACCACAAUACGUUCUGGAUCCCCACAGUCUAGACUGGCAGCCGCUCAACGAUGAGCUGAGAGCUCUCAUGGAAAGCAGACGCUACGCCAGUCCGUCACUGGAGCAAAAGAAACAAGCCCAGGGGCAGAGUGAUGUCGAACAGGAAACGAUGUUUCCGAUACCACUCGAUGCCAUGAACUCCGGACUUUCCAUUCUGACACUGGGCAUGCCGGGCGUGUUGCCCCUCUCUCAAUUGCAAGAAGAGAUCGAUCUCGGCAGCAUGAAAGUCUCGAUUGGGCGCGAAAUGGGCGUCUUUCUGGCACAGCAUAUAGUAUCAUGGAAUUCGGGGGAUUUCUCUGAUGCAAAGACUAUCAAAGGCAUAUUUGCAGAACUCGCCGCUGCGGUGGGGCCGACAGUCGCCCGCGAGGCGAUCGUCGACUUUACCUAGAAGAAAAGUCUGGAUCGAUAAGGUCCAGCGCUGGCGAACGGCAUGGUCACAGACAGAUGCCACUUGUUUCGAAGGUGUGCCAACAUGCAUGUCCCACAAAGUGCUAACAUUUGUGAUGAGCUACUCCAAGCUGCCAUGUAGCAGCGGCAUCGGGCAUUCACUUCCCCAAUUCCAGGUCGUCUUG